UGUCAGAGGACCAAAGUGGCAUAGUACUCCCGCAGAAUGUUCCUACCGGUUCUGUGCACCUUGUUGCUGUGGGGAUCAGCGUUUUCUUACACAACUGUCACAAUCUACAACGAGUGGCUCUCCCAGGGUGGACAUGUCCACUAUGAACUUGAAAGAUGGAACAAAAUCAAUGGGCUCACGCAAGGGAACCUAAUUCCAAAAUGUAAAUCAAUCGGGACAGCUGCUGGGCGUUGGCUGAACAGAGACCUCAAUGAUAACCUCAUUCCAAAUUGGCCAGAGAGUCCUAGUCACUCUGGGUACCCAGACCCCAGCUAUCUCCAGGACCAUACACUUCAGUCAAAGACUUGGGCGACGUAUAUGCGACAACUAAAUGGCUAUGGGAGUGCCAUCGACAACAUGGUCUGGAACAUAAAAGGUCUGAGCUGGCCCGACUGGAUCAAUAAGUCUCGUCAUGAAGGUCAGUUCCCAAACAACGUUGAUGCUGCAGCAGAAUUUGUGUCGCUGAUGGUUCAGAGUGCUAAAGACUACACAGGAGGGCGCCUUCCUUACACAUUUGAAGUCAUCAAUGAACCUGACUGGGUCGAAAAGAUUAUUGACCAACAAACCAACAUAGAUUUCCACAAGGCCGUUGCCCAAAAGCUGAAAUCAAGAUUUGGAAUGAAAGUUGCUGGACCAACCUACACCAGUAUGGCUUUACGACAAGCAGAUGAAAAUAACUUCAGCUACUGGAAGAGAACUGCUAAGUUUAUGGACAUGACGCUUGAUCAUUUGGACUUUUUCUCUUUCCAUUCCUACAGUUAUCUGCGUGUGUCAGGUGGAAACUAUGCACGUUUUGGCAUCAACGAAGCUCGUCUGGUCGCUUCUAUUGACAUGGUGGAGAAUUACUCCCAUCUCAAGAAAGGCAAAAAUGUUCCGUUAGUUGUCAGUGAGUUUGGUAGAGGAAAUGUGUUCGGAGCUUCCCCCGGUUUCGAAAAUGGAAUGAUUGACUUUGAGACCAUUUAUCAACCCAAUGGUUUCAUGUUUACUUUCCUUAACUUGAGAGAGUUUAUCGAAAUAGUUUUAGUUUUUCUGCACGGAAAUGUUCAAUAUCCGGGUCAUCCCACCCUACGGGAUUCCCUAUUUACAAAAGAUGGUCAUGCUCUUAACAUGACGAAAUAUUUCACGUUCUGGACAAACUUUGUUUAUGAUCAAAAGUUUCUUCGUGUUUCAAGUCAAUACAGUGGACGAGAAAGAACAGUUGCACCUCUUGCCCUAGCAAACCCUCUCACCAAAGAGGUGGUAGUUCUUCUCCACAACUAUGACCGUAAGUGGCAAAAUGUAAAACUGGACUUCUCUAACAGUUGGGUCAGUCCUUCCACUGGUGAUGAAACAUGCGUUCUUUUCGAAAAUGGUAAUCCAGCUAUUCAUCCCAAUUACCAUUUCAACAUAUCUAAGGAUCAUGGUUCCGUCGGACUGCCUGGAUCGUCAACCUGCUUCUACACGUUUAAAACCAACUACAACAUUGACAGAAUGCCCACGUGCAACCAAAGCACAUACUAUGGCAAAGACAUGGUCAUUCCUAUCAGCAAUGGACAUGCACAGACAACCGUCUAUCUACCUAGCUCUGGCUACAACUCUGCGCAUCUUAGGGUGGGAGUUAGCUGCGACAAGAAUGCCAAUGCAAAACCCAAGGCAGUUGUGUUCAAUGGCCAGACAUUGUCUUCAAGCUACAUGCUGUUUGAUUCUAUGAAGACCGACGGGAAAACCAAAUGGAACGUGUGGGUUUUCAUGGUCCCUGAAACACAGGUUCUUACAACAAACAACGUCAACAUGACCUUUGAUGGAGACGGUGGUCAUGUGUCAUCUGUUGCCCUCAUUGUCGGAAAAAUAUAGGGAUAACACUUCCCCCUCAAUGGCGGUUCUUAUGAAUGAAACUCCUGUAGAUGGCUUCAUGACACUGAAAAGAAUAAAUCCGUAUGUGUAUUGUGAUGAGGUA